GGUCUUCGAAAAAACCUUAAUCGCGUGACUGACAAUGAUGACAUGAAAUCUGUUACGAGUUUCAAGAAGACCUCCAGCAAAGAAAAUGUGCCCAAGCAACAUGUAGACGAACUUAUUUAUUCUGGUAAUUCUAUAGCUUUUUAUGUAACUAUUAUUAGCAAUUAAAUAAGUUAUCAUAUUUAUUUAAUCAUAUUUAGCUAACUCAUGUUUGGUAACCUUUUUAGGAAGUGUGGGCAUGAUAAGUGAGGUUGUAAUUAUCUAUCAUUACGAUGGCUACUUUAAAUUUUUCCCUUCUAAAGAAUAUGUGAAUGGGCAUUUGAUGAAUACAACUAUGGACAUUGAUUUUAUGAGUUAUUUUGAUCAGUUGGGUGAUUUGAAAAAGCACUGUAAGUUUAAUGUUUUAGAUGAAGAUAAGUUCUUUUAUUUAAGAGGUGAUAAAAUAAUGAACGAUUAUGAUGAGCUGGUAGAAUAUUGUGACGAUUCAGACCUUAAGGACAUGCUUUCUAGUUAUAAGAUGCAUAAGAAAAAAUCUAUAGAGAUUUAUACAUUAACGAAAAAUUAUGAUGUUUUCGAAAAUACUUCUCUCGAAGAAAAUAAUUAUAUGGAUAGUGUGUCUGAAGAAGUGAGUGAAGCAGUUCAAGAACAUGAGCCAACAAAUUUGGCAGGCUCAAACAUUGCGAAAAGAAAAACUAGAAGACCAACACGAUGCUUGAAAAUAAUAAACUUACAAGAGGGAGAAAAAGUGAGUGUACAAUUUGAUGAAGAUCACGAGGCAAUUGGUGAUAAUGCAACCCAAUUCAUUUGAUUUUUGGGUCAAACAGUGAAAAGUCGUUGUUGUUGCCCAUUGAAAGUGAAUUGUUGGAAGGAAAUUGAGAAAGAUAAGAUUGAUCAUAUAUGGGAUAUCU